AGGUGUACGAUUAAAGCCAAGACGGGGUUGAAGCUCUCUCAACCUCAUCAUCCGCAACAAGGGAGCAUCUUCCCUAAUCCAUUGCAGCUGCGACCAUGAUCCCAGUACUACGCACGCGGACCCCAGCGCUCCUCAGAUGGGCUGCAACACGAGCAUACAGUGCUGGUGUUGACCAUCCUCCGGCCAACGAUCCUAAACCCGCCACCCCCGUCCAGAAUGUCUCAGCGACAAAUGCUACACCAACCAGUUCUAAGGGCGCAAUGGAUUCACCGCUCGUCGGAUUGGCCGCUGAAGAGGAGAAGGCGAGGACCAUGCAGGCUCCUAAUCGGGCUGACAUCUGGAGCCGAAGCCAGAGGCCCAGGAAAGAGGCUAUGGCGGGGCCUCGCUUUGAACAGACCAUCAUGGCGGAUCAACCUCGACCACUCGCUGCUAUCGAACUUAUCCACAAACAGCCAGUUCGCUGGCGACACGAGCGUGUUGUAUCAUGCGAUGGCGGAGGCGGCCCUCUUGGACACCCACGCAUCUUCAUCAAUCUUGACAAGCCACAGAUCAACGAAUGUACUUAUUGUGGACUUCCCUUCGCCAACGAACACCACAGAGCAGAGAUUGAGGCACAGCCAAACCCACCUUAUCCUCUAACGCCAACAGGUGAUGUAGCAGAAGUUGAAGAAAGCCAGCGUAUUACGAGUGAGCCACUUGGUCAUCGGUAAACGCAAGGCGAAGCAGACUAUCCAUGACAUGUAUAUAGCCGUUGAAAUGUGAUGUCAGCACCAAUCAAAUUAAGUCCUUGUACAUUUCAGGCCAAGACAUUCUUCUUAGAUACUUCCUGGUCAUAAAGCUUGACAAUAUCUGAAAUCAAGACGAGCACAAGCUUUGCUAGCGUACUAUCAACUCCCGAGAUCAACCGCUUCGCUAAUGUUCUGCAAGUUUGAAUUCUACACCUCAAAGUCUCGAGAUAAGUAGGAUUGUAAAGCUCCUAUAUAAUUCGAUGAUGUUG